GCCCUCAGGGAGCGCUGGCUGGAAGCACUGCCGGGGAAAAGGCCCCCUCAGGGUGAGGGACCGGUGUGUCUACGCACGCACGUGCCCCAUGUGCUCCUUGCCUGUGCUCUGACCAUUAACCGUGUGUUCUUCCCUCUGCAGCCGUGCCGUAGUGUGGAGCACACUGGAUGUGGACUAAAAACUAAGGAGGUUGUUUAACCGUAGCUUUAUCUGAAGCACCUGGAUGCCUCUUAGUGUCGAAGGGCAGCAGCCAGCUCCAGCUGGAGCCCUGACCCCCCUGGCCCCCAGGCUGGGGCUCUGCCUGCACCAAGCCCCUUCCUGAGACCUUGCAUCUCUUACUGGCAUAAACUGCACCAGUUCAGGCUCUAUUUUUGACACCUAACUCUCCUUUUUUUCACAAGUGCUCGAUGACAUGGCAAUAAAAUGCUUAAUCCUUGUCCCCUUGUUAUACACGCAUCCAAGCAUUUACCUCAGGACAUUUCAGAGAGGUCCAGAUCCCUUAGGACAGCAAUCACAUUGCAAGCUGCUUUACUCUCCAACAUCACUGUUUUUAUCUUUAGUUUGUUGUUUAGUUUCAGAUUUAAAAAAAAAAAAAAAGACAUGUAAAGAACACAUGUAUAACACAGGGAAUAUAAACUUGCAUGACUUUUUUUCCUCAGACCUUAGUUUGUUUCUUUCCAUCCUUUCCCAUCAAUAUUCCCUUGAUGAAGGAAUGAAGAUUUUUGAGGUGAUUUACAAGGGCUUCCUUCUUAGUGUCCCUUUCACCUUUAGGCAGAAAGAUUUUCUCUUCACUGAAAUGUGAUCACUGUUCUGACACCUGCAGCUUGUAGAUGAUUUUUGUUUUUACUGUGCCACAAGGCAUAGCUCCUCUUAUCAACAAGCCAAGGUCCCUUUUAGUGUAGAAGUCCUUGACACUUUCCAUGUUUUCUGUCUUCUUCCCUCCAGAGCUCAUCAGACCUUCUCAUAGGCCGAUUUAACUGAUUAAAAAUAGCAGAAAAAGCUGCUGUGUUUUACUGAGCUUCCUGCUGUUUUGUGUGUUCAGUUAGCUCGUGGAAAGCCCAGUGAGGAUGUGAGCUGCCAGGGAUGGUGUGGGAGUGGGAAAGAGGAGGAAAGAGAGGAAAAACAUCCCUAUCAUGCAGCAGUGAGCCGUUAGAUCAACUUAGCUACCCAGGGAACCGUAAGCAGCCCAAUAAUUAUACCAGGUCUGCAGCACAUUUUGCAUUAUGUUUUUUAAAUAAGAAAAGUAGUGUAAAUGUUUUAAAGCAUGACCCAGUAAGCUUGAAAGCACACUUCUAUCUGUAAUGCAGAUAUUACACAUUACUACAACGGGUUGUGUCAGUCCUUCAUCCAGCAGGCUUUUGGGUGGCAAUUUUUCAUGGCAGCUGCAGAUCUGAUGUGCAGGUUUUGUACUUUGUGCAGCGGCUGCUAGUAGCUUGCUGUAACUUUACAUGUGCUGAUGUACAGGCACACCCCAUGGACCCAUUCUGUGCAUCUUGGGCUGGCAGAUCGAUUUUAUUCACUGGUGGUUGAUGUAUGAAAAAAAAAAUGACGAUUUUGUUAAUGUUUAUUACAUUCAGAAGGGCAAUAAAUGCACUGUAGCGCUACUGCUGGGUGAUUCAUAGAAUCACAGAAUCAUUAAGGUUGGAAAAGACCUUCAAGAUCAUCUGGUCCAACCAUCCCCCUACUACCCAUGUCACCCAAGGAGGCACCGUACAUCUCAAAACAGUAUUUAAGCUUUAAAAAAGAAGAGCAGAAGUAACAACAUACAGAGCACGUCAAGAUGAUUUGUGUUUAUGUGGUGAGAAAUUGCUUAGGGUUCCAGUCAUGUCAUCUACAUAUUUUGUUUAUUUUAGAGGCCUGACACUGCUUCAGGCCAAGGAGUUGUAUAAAAGCCCUCUGGAAAAAGUUAGAGACGUUUUCCUAUUAGCUAUAGUUUGGAGCAUGAAGUUGCUGUGUGUCUUAGUAGGACUGAUACCUGUGCAACUUCAUUAAUUGUGUAAAAAAACGAAGUCCUAGCUAGACAAGGAGUAAUAGGUGAGGCACAGUGUCAUCAUGCCAUUGCUGCCAUGUCAGAAGUUGGAGAGCUUGGCUUUUCUUUGUAGUCUAAUACACUUACAUACUUUUAGCUAAUCUAUUAAGUUUUACCUUGAGUGAGCUUGGGACCAUGUUGCUUGUACAUUUUCACCCUACUUUGAAAACUAAACAUAAUCUCUAAGGCACACAUGGUUUGAUACUUUCUCACCUUUUGUUGAAGCCAUUAGUUUUAUAAGUCAGUUUAUACUGUGCUGCAGCCUGGUUAAUUCUGAAAAGUGCUGCUGAGCACCUCGAAAUUGUCAGCAGGAUACACCAGCAUCUUGUUUUGACCCUCUCAAGUGGUCAUAGGGGAUUGAUUGGAAAAGAGUUGUUACAUUCUACAGGCUGCACUUCUUAAAAUUUAUUAAUACUGUUGAUUUUUAGCAAUCUGUCCAGUUCUGUAGGGUCUCCUUUGCCCGGUAUUAGGGAUGAUUUUGGUUGAACUGGUAUUCGUGCAGGUCUCCAAGAAUGCCUUUUCUCAAAAGGAACUGCAAUCUGAGUUCUGUAGGGUAAAGAAGUGUUGAAGGGGCAUCAUGCUGUGGGGAAGGUUGUUGGUCAGUGGAAGUAAUGAACAAGAAACAGUCAUGGCUCAAAGGAAGAUAUUAACCUUGAUGACUUCGCUAUUCAAUUUGCCGUAACGUCCUUCUGAAUCAGAAAUGUAUAUAUAUAUUCUAUUUAUUUUUCCCUUUGAAGUCAGCAGGAACAGAAGAAUCGGUUCCUGGAGGUUUAAAUUCCUUUUCUGGCUGGUUCAAGAUGUAGUUAGCUUCAGUGCCAGCGAAGGAAUGGGUUUACAAGGGCUUAAGGAGCUGCUUUCUGAUGCGUCUAGCUUGUUUUUACUGAACUCUUCCACCAUAAGUGUGUGUGUGUGUGACAUGUGAGAAAGGCAAAAUUUGGCCCUGAAUUCCAGAAAUCAUACGAAAUUCACUCUGUGAUGUUAUUUGUAAAAUAUGCAAUAGAUUUAUGUAGCAAUGAUACUGCAGAAGAACUUUAGUUUGCUAGGAUGUCUAUAACAUCAUUAAAAUAACAGAACAGGAUAAACUUUUUAUAGUUUAUUAUGCAUUAAAGUCACGGUUUUGAAAGCCGCUGAAGUGUUUUUUGGGCUUUUAGGUUUGUUUUAUUCCUCUGUCUAUAACAGAGUGAGAGCUCAUUGUAGCCAUUUUUAAAGAAAUUCCUUAAUUCUGAGGGUUAGAUACAGUAAGUUGAGAUGCCUGGGCAAGAUGUCUACAUUUCUGCAAAGUAUAGUGCACUUGGAAAAUAAAUGAGACCUUGAGGGUGCAAAGAAUAGAUAAGUUUGUAAAUUCAGGGCCUAAAGCUGUUAAAUCUGGUGUGUGACUUAAAUUAAAGUUUUGAGUUCAAUAUGCGCUAGAAAAUAAGUAUUUUCCAUUGAGAAAAUACUUUUCUGAAUUCAUUCUCACAGGUAAUAUGGGCUGCGUUAUUGCUGGUAUAUUUUUUUUUCUCCAAAAUUUAACUGAAUUUUUCUUUAAUUGUUGUAUUCGCUUCUUAUUUUUCAGGAGUCUUUGAAAAAAUCCUUAGUGGUCAUGACAUUGUUACAAGUGACAUAAAUUAGCCAGUGGCUCAGAGUGAUGGAUACCCAGAAGACUACAAAUGGUUUGCAAGUGAUUGGAGAAGGGACUGGUAUAGGGAAAUCGACACUCCACAUGGUGGGGUAUUUGGGAAAAAGCUGUAAUUCUGUGGAGAUAAGUUCGUCUGAAUAUUGUCCAGUCUGCAAAGCCAAGGGCGAGAUCCAAACUUUACGCACUUACCGCAUCAAUUUUCAAGAGUCCAUUUUUCUUUGUGAGAAUCCUCAGUGUAUCUACCCACUUGGUUAUAAACCGUUUAACAGCAUCAUUAUUUCUGCCGAUUCAGAAAAUCACCAAGUUCCAUCUACUGAUAAGAAAAGGAAAUUGUGUGAUAUCAGUGACUUUUCUCCAGUUGAAUCAAAACCGAAACGAGGCAGGACUAAUAAUGUGGUAAAUGUUGAGCAGCCUGUUAAUACGGACCCUGUUGUCAAAAACUGUGCGAACGGCUUACCUAUCCCCAAGUUAAGUGCACAUGAUGUGUUACAAAAUGACCAGCAAAAUCCUAGCAAUGGGGAGUCCUUCAAGCAGAAUGUGGGUUUUGAAACAACCCCCAACACCGACAGCCAUCAAGAAAAUCUGCCUAAGACUCCUAGUCCCAGAAAACAACUCUUGCCAAAUUCUGAACACUGCACGACAACGUCUGAAAUGUCGCUCAGAAGUGAUAAAGGUUCCACGAAUAACACGGAUUUAUGUCUGCAGUGGAGAAACAGACAUAAUCUUUGUUGGUUGGAUUGUGUUUUGUCAGCGUUGGUACACUUAAAGACAUUAAAAUGUGCUCUGGCAGAAGAAUGUGAUGAUGAAAAAUGUUUACUCCAGAGACUCUUAACAAAAUAUAAUCAAGCAACUGUGCUUCUGAAUACCUGUAAAAGGAGUAAAUUAAAAGAUGUUCUUCCAAAAGCGGAAUUACAUCUCAAUGAAAUCAGAAACAGAAUUUUUACUCAGCUUCAGCCUCUGCUUAAAUGUGGAUUGGGUGAGGAAGAAAGUCCACUGUUUGCACUCCCUCUGCUCUUAAGACAGGAUCAACAAGCUGAGAACCUAUUUUUGCAUUCAUUUUCAUGGAAGUUUGAAUGCAUGCGUUGUGGCUACAAACACCAGGACCGAUGUAGGAAAACACUAACAACAUUCACAAAUAUAAUCCCCGAUUGGCAUCCACUUAAUGCUGUUCACGUUGCUCCCUGUAAUAAUUGCAGUGACAGAUCUCAGAGAAGACGGAUGAUUUUGGAAAAAAUACCCUCAAUAUUAAUGAUACAUUUUGUGGAAGGCUUGCCACAUAACAACCUGAGGAAUUACUCAUUUCAGUUUGAAAAAGAUUUCUACGAAAUAACAUCUGUUAUUCAGUAUCAAACAAAUAAGAAGCAUUUCAUAACCUGGGCUUUGAAUCCUGAUGGAACUUGGCUUGAAUGCGAUGAUUUAAAGGGUCCAUACUGCAGGAGACAUAAAAGAUUUGAAGUUCCUCCAGGAGAGAUUCAUAUUGUUAUCUGGGAGAAGAAAACAUCCCGUGUGUCAGAACAGAAUUUCGAGGCUCAGAGGAAAAACAUUGAAGAUUCGCCUCUUAAUAAUGCACAGUCAAGUUCCUCAGUGUUGCAUUGUGGUUUUGAUAACGCCGUAGACAAAGUACCUGCAGAACAUCACAAAGAGGCUUCUGUGAGAAUUCCAGAUAAGAAACCACAGCAGGUAGCUGAGGUUGAAACUCAUCAUGGCUUAGAAAAUCUGGCACACGAUGAUCUUGUAACGCUGAUGCUUGAAGAGCUUCAGGUUGACUCGGAGUGUAAAUCACUGUCGAACGGACAGAUGGUGGGGAAUAACCUUGUUGAAAUGGGCACGCUGCAACAGCAGGAGUCAGCUCUUUCACCUAACACUCCGUGUGAGAUUGCUGCAACUGAUCUAGCUAUGAACAACACGUGCACGCUACCUGAAAGUUCCAGCAUUUGCUUACCCCUACAAGAGUCGAACCCAGCAAAUAUCACCCCUCCUGUGCCCCAAAAUCACAACCCCGACCCGCCUGAUUCAUCACUUGCUCAGAGCACAGAUGACAGAGCUAAUUUACUUAACAGAGAACGUGGUUUAAAUUCAGAACUAGAGAUAAACCGUAAAAUGCCACCAGUAGGGAAUAUUGGGCAAAAAUCACCUGACCUGAAAGAUGCAGGCAAAACCGUAGUUCAUUCUAAGGUUGCAAAUUCUUCUGCUGAUAAUAAUUCCUUUCAGCCUUCGCACAAAGACCAAAAAAGAGGAUUUGUUGGAAGCUGGGUAAAAAAAAUGUUAAGCAAGAAUACUUCUUUUAUGCCUUCAAGUGCCUCAGCUCCAAAGACUGAGAGAAGUUGCAAAACUCCCUCAGUGCAAAAAUUAAAUGAGAUGCCGUUGCCAGUUAAAAGAGCGAGUAACUUUGGGGGAUUUCAGGGCAGAGGCGUGAACAAAGCAACUGAGGCCCCAAAGUCAUCACUUCCUCGGAGCAAUGGUACUAAUUUUUUAUCAAAUUUCAGAGGGUUUUCUCAAGGCACUUGUCUUCCUGCAAAAAAUCGUGCUGCUCUUGAAGGCCCAGCUUGGAAUAAGUCGGGAAAUAUGCUGAGUACCUCUGGUAAAACAACUCAAUUCCAUUCACCGAGCCAUAAUGCUGGGAAGGUGGAAGAGUCGGAUAGUGACAAAACAAGAAAGCUUCGCCUCAAACUGCUAAAAAAACUUAAUGCUAAGAAAAAGAAGUUGGCUUCGCUGGAUAGACUGGCAGUGGAGCAGAUGAAACGUGGAAAACCCAUAAGUGGGGAUGUGAGCACCCCGUCACAGGCAGAACCUCACAGUGACAGCGAGUUGCUGCAGAGCUUCUUGAGGGAACUGCAGGAUCAGAUCGAUGCUGCAGAUAAUCCUUCUGAAUUCAGUGUGACCUCAGGGUGCUCUAGCCAUAAUAAUGAUGAAAUACUGGCGGAAUUGCUGUCCCCCACUUCCACUGUUGCUUCCUCGGAGGUUUCGAGAGGUGAGGAUGAGUGCAUGUACAUGGAAAUGGUGGACAGCAGCGGCCCAGCAGCGCUGCCUGCGGAGGAGACCGCUGGGUCACAAGCAGCAGUGACAAGCGAGGACCACAAUUAUUACAGUCCUGUGAAGGACAGUAACUACGAACUCCAUGCCGUGAGCAAACCCGGUGUGAAAAAGCUCGCUUUUGAAAGCCCUCCCAGGGAAGAAGAUAUCCUUGAGGAUCUGUUCUCCAUUUCAGCACCAAGCUCAACGGCUGGUGACAUAGAUUUACCUCAUUUUGAUGAAACUCUGUUUGAAACCUGGUAAUUACUUGGUUUCUCGGUUCUAGGUUUUUUCCACAUGAUGUAUAUUUUGAAACAAAUCACUAUUAAGUUAUAUUUUCUAACUAGUUUAGUUGUACGCCGGCUGUACUUGAACUAUUUGAGUUUUUGUUUUGUAAAAUUUUAUUGUAGUAUACAAGCAAGGUUUUAAUGUGUUUUAUUUUUCCAAAAAAACAGUUGUUUUAGCUGUCAAAUGUAAUUAUGUUUUUAAUUAAAGCUCCAACGAGUAUUAAUUUUUGCUUCUUUUAAUACAGAAAACUUACCCAUAUUUUAUUGAGUUUGAAAAAUAACUUCAGUAUCCUCGAUGAUACCUAGGCAGUACUGAUCUAUUUGUCCGGAUUACCCAACACCUGAUAUCUUUUUGUCUAACAUUUAAAAAAAAAUAAUUGCACGGAGAAACAAACCUUCUGUAAUAAGAGAUGUUUGCGUCCUUUGGCACAAUUUUCAACACUAAACUCAGAGGUGGUGUUCUGUUAGGAACUCUUCUCAGAGUUACUGUCCUAUAAGCUCUCCUUUUCUUGGAUCCAAGGAAGGACUGAUACAAAAUAGUAGUUCUAUUUAAAGUUAUGGCACAUGCUGACCUUUUAUCCUAGGUAUCCAAAAUAUAAUUUGUCAGAAUAUUCUUCUGAACUAGCUCAAUUUUUUAGGUAAAAUGAGUAAGAUUUGGGCCGGAGUUUGCCGUGCUAAGAAAGGAUACCAAAUGUAACUUUUAUUUAUGCAUUGCUGCAAAAAACAGUAAUGAAGAUUUCUGAGAAUAGAAGUGAACUGUAAGUUAGCACCCGUUACUGUCGUCUUUAGAAGUUUUUUUGUGGCAAGAGCAGCGUAGCUGUGUCUGUGUGCGAGAGAACGCCAAGGAGAGAUCAGGUUGAUUGGAAGAAGGCAAAAUUGCACUGAGUAGGCAGAGGGAAGAACACACACACACGGUGGUGUGUCUGGAUCUGCUUAUGGCUGUCAUUUUGCUAGGUGGGAGUCUUUGGAAAUCGUAGACACAGAGCUGAGGGUAUUACAUGCUAAAUUAGAUUACCUCUACAUUUUUCUUGUACUUGGAAAUACCGAGGAUUAAACCCCAAAUUCAAGUCUUCCAUCUUACUCUCCAAAUAGACCUCUUUGAACAUCACUGUCAAUACAGGGUUAGGCUACAGAUAGAAAUGCUCCUUGAUAGUAUGAACCAGGUUCAAAAAGUGAUUGUAAAACUGCCAGUGACACUGAACGCACCUCGACAAGCUAUUUCGGUUGUGAUUCCAGACAUUUAAGACAAUGAAUGUUUUCAUUCUUGAAAUAGCAUUAUUUGUAAAGAAUGGGAGCUCCUCUGCGUUUUAGAUGUUGUAACUGAUACAUUACAAUAAAAAAUAAAUCCACGGGUUCUGAAUGUGAAAUGCCAGUGUACUGGUGGUGAAAUGCUUGUCUAUUCCCUUAUUAAAAAAUAAUGAAUUGUUGACCCAAA